AUCUAAGUUCUGCUCUCAUGGAGAGAAAUCUAUUUCUCAUCAUUUUCUUAGCUUUUCUAGUUCAUUUUUCAACACUUUACUUCAUUCAUGCACAAGUAACCGACAUUUCCACAGACAAACAAGCUCUUCUUGCCCUGAAAGCUCGUGUAAGCCAUGAUCCAAGCAAUUUGUUGGCCAGCAAUUGGUCCUCAAGUUCUUCUGUUUGUCAUUGGAUGGGCGUAACUUGUGGUGCUCGUCACCUUCGAGUAACAGCUUUGAAUAUUUCUCACUUGGGUCUCACAGCCACCCUUCCUCCUCAACUAGGAAAUCUAUCUUUCCUUGCAAGUCUGGACUUCAAAAACAACAGCUUUUAUGGCUCUCUCCCUGAGGAAUAUGCUCAGCUUCGUCGACUUAAAUACCUUGAUUUCGGUUUUAAUAAAUUAUCCGGUGAACUCCCUGCAAGCAUUUUUUAUGAUCUUCCCAAUUUGCAAUUGCUUUAUUUGCAUUUUAACAUGUUCGAGGGAAAAAUACCAUCGACCUUAUCAGCAUGCAAAAGCUUGCAAAACUUAUCCUUGUCAUUCAAUUAUUUCAUAGGAAACAUUCCGAAAGAAAUUGGAAACUUGACUCAACUUAGAGAGAUCUAUCUUGGAUACAACAAACUCCAAGGAGAAAUUCCAGAAGAGCUUGGCAAUCUUGCAAAACUGGAGUUAUUAUCACUGGCGAAUAGUUCGUUAACAGGAAGUAUUCCCUCAUUUAUCUUCAACCUUUCUUCUUUGAUUGGCAUGGACUUCUCCAAAAAUAGCCUGACUGGUAGCCUUCCUAGAGAAAUUGGGAACUUGACAUUAAUCAAGUAUAUAUAUCUAAACUCGAACAAAUUAACAGGUGAAUGAUAAACCUCUCUCCAAACAUUAUGUUAUUAUAAAAUAGUUUCUUUUUGUUAUAACUGUAACACUAAUCCAACAAAUUUUAGGUAUG